AUGGCUGCAAAUGAAAUCCAGACCUAUGCCCUCCUCUUCCCACAGCGAAACUCAGGUACCGCCGACCAAGAUACAGAUACAGAUACAGACACAGAUGCAGGCUCUCUCUUCGCACAGCUAUCGCCAGACGUUUCCUUCUAUCAAGAUCUCCAAGAUGGCCUCCAAACGCUAUCCACACAAAACACCGAUCGUAGCGGGGUGAUAAGUGGAUUUUUAUAUGUCCCGGACCUGGACCUGGAUGACGCUUGCUACGAUGUCGCGGAGAGCUAUGUCCCCGCCAACGUGACUCGACAAGCCAACCUUCCCCACACAGACUUCACUUUAGUCGCCAUUGCCCCAUGGAUCAGUGUUGAUUGUGCGCACGCCUACCUAGAUGCUGCCCGCUUCGACCCCAAUCGAGGCUUCAUCUUCUACCUUCCGGACAAUAGUACGGACCGGCCCCCUCCACCCUCAUCAGCUGUUUGGGAUCUCCAUGAUGGCGGCGCAUGGAAGAAGAAAUACCAGUUUCCUGUAUAUGCUAUCCCCGGAAAUUCCGGACAGCAGCUACUUCUCCAGCUGAGCCUAUACUCGGGAAACGUGACUAGUAUCCCUUACGGUCAUGAAAUCGUCGAGCUACCUGGUGUGGAUCCACGAGACUAUGUCAGGCUAUAUACCGAGAUUGAUGCCACGGGCACUUCAACGUUUCCCCAGUUCUGGGUGUUGAUUCUAGUAGUGCUGGCGGUCCUUCUUAUAGUUCUGGCGUUUACCUCCGCCUGCAUGCAUUUAAUACAGCGAAAUCGACGGCGUUCUUUGCGACGCCGAGUGAUCUCUGGAGAAGUUAACCUAGAGGCCUUGGGAAUAAAAGCCCUCACUGUACCCCAGUCUCUCAUCGACAAGCUCCCCCAGUUUACAUACAGUGAUAAGGGCGAAAGCCCCCACGCUAGUGCUCAACAAGACAAACGGCCUUCUGGUACCCCUUUAUUCGACAGAAGUAGCUCGAGUGCGGGAUUUACAAGUCACGCCUCGGGUGCCCUUGAUACGGAUUCUGGAGUAGUUUUGCCUUCGGAACCGACGGUUGGGGCCGUCCAAAUUCCGGGUGCAGUCGCGAUGUUUCCUCAUAGGUUUCUACCAUAUACCCAGCCGACGUGCGCCAUCUGUCUGGACGAUUUUAGAUCCGAAGUUACACAUAUCCGAGAACUUCCCUGUGGACAUAUUUUCCACCCAAGUUGUAUCGACAGCUUCUUAAGCACCAACAGCUCGCUUUGUCCGAUGUGCAAGAAGAGCGUAUUACCUGUAGGGUACUGCCCUGCAAAGAUUACCAAUGGCAUGGUCCAACGAGAGCGGAAUUUGAGAAGGCUACGAUCUAGAGUCAGGUUUAAUGGCGGCGACGCACCCACCGUGAUAGGUAAUGCGUGGAACCAAGUUAAAUACUUCGGUUCCCAGCUUAGAUACACCACGACUAUGACAUUGUUUCGAUCUCGAGAACUACCCGAAACAACAGAUUCCCGAUCCAUACCCAUGGCAAAUGCCAUGCCAGCCCGCCCCAACGAGUCGGUUCUUGGUAAUGAGGUGUCACAAACUUCCAGGCCUGCACAACCAGAGCCGGGUACGCUGGAGAUCCGUGAUCUGGGAGCUCAAGAAAACCAGCUUCAAGAUUUUGACCCGUAUAAUGAAGGUCAACGUUCUAAAUGCAAGUAG